AAAGCGAACGGCGCAAGUUGCAACCGUAGUCUCUCUCGUGGCUCGCAAGCCUCUCUCGCCUCACCAACCCAACCCGUCACCUCCGCCGCCAACGGCACCACCAUGACCGCACCACUUCCGCGCCGACGACAACGACAACGAAGACGACGCGAUGUCGCAACCCGCACAGAUCCCCGGGUUCUACUACGACCCGCAAAAGCUUAAAUACUUCCGGAUCCUCCCCUCACACGCGGCGCCUACUGCGGCAUUCUACAGCACGGCGUCAGUGGCGACGUCUCAGCGCGCGGCUGCGCGGGCUGAGGAGCAGACCCGCGAGCGCGAGGAGCGCGCGCGCGCCUGCAGGAACCCGCUGGAUAAGAAUCCGCAUGUGAGGGGCGCGCUGAGGGCAGUGGUCGGGACGAGUGCCGGGGAUGUGGGGAUCGUCCCUGUGCGGACGGACGGCGGGAAUCUCAAAGCCGACCCCGGGGAUAUGAUGCCGUUGAUCCACCUGCACUCACAGAUCACGUCUAUCUCGCAUUCCUCGCAAUGGCUCCUCUGCACGUCGAUGGGCGAGCGCCACAGCCCCAAGCUACACCUCUCGCACCUCUCGCACGCCUAUCCAGGACAGACGCACUCGCUCCCCAACGUGCGCUCGAUCUGGACGUCGUCCGCCUCCUCCGACACCUCCACGCCCUCCUUCCUCGUGGGCACGUCCAACUCCGCACUGCACAUCACCGCGCACCCACACACAACGCAGCAAACCAGCCACCGCAUAAAAUCCGACGUAUUCGCGACCUGCUUCCUGCCCUCCUCAUCGAGCGUAUUCCUCGCCGGCUCGCGCGACGGCGACAUGCGCCUUUUCGACUCGCGCGCGCCCUCCUCGCAUGCGGCUAAGGGCGAGAUCGUCGUCCGCCACGGCGGGACGGUGACGCACAUCUGCGCGCUAUCCUCCGCGUCCGUGAUCGUCAACGGGCUAAGCCGGUGCGCGGUGUACGACCUGCGGUACCCGCACCCGCGCAGCCCAAGCGCGAGCUUUGCGCAGGCCACGGGCGCCACAAGGGUCUACGACGGCGCGGUCAGGGAGCGCGAGUUCAUGAUUGGUCGCGGGUUCGAUGUGGACACUGCUGGUGGCGGGGAGGUCAUGGUGCUCGCGGACUGCGAGCACUGGGUGCGGCUGUAUUCGGUUAUUAGCGGUGAGGAGCUCAGGCGGUGGAAAUGGGAGAGCCCCUGUACGGGAUUGAAGUUCGAUGGCGAGAGGAGACUGUGGGCCAGCGCAGGGAAGGCGUUGGAGUGUUUUACAUAUUAGCUGGAUCAUGGGCGAUCAUUCGGAUAUAUGUAGAGUACACUGGGUGAUAGUAGGUGGACCAGGUU